AUGGCAAUGCCCGCAGCAAGCAUGUUGGCUGGCGGCCGCGCAACGUCAGCCGACAGGACCAGCAGCCCUCCCGCUCCCUCGCGUACCCACGAGCGUCCAGGCGCGCCGACCUCCCCGCGCUCCUCCUUCCUCGGGAGCUUUAUGCGUGGACGCACACGCGCUGCCAGCGUGACCAACUCCAUCACUGGCGCCGUUAGAGGCCGGGUCGCAUCCCCAACCGUCGAGGCGCCCAACCCACUAGACCCAGUGGCACGCACAGUCUCGUCGCCUGCUACGCCGCAAACGGUCGAUCUGCCCCCUAUCGACCCCGCGCUUAGGCGUACUCACCGCAUCCGCCUCGUGCCCGUCCUAGAGACCAACCGCUCCUUCUCCUUUGAGCCCGUCCAGCGCGAGUUGGGCGUCAUGCACGUGCCCCCAGGCAUUGUGCCUUCUGUCGCCGCGGCCAGUGUCUCAACCCCGGGCCCUCUCGUAAACGGGCGCGCGCCCCCGCUUCUCAUGAAGAUUGGCCGCUUUACCGACCGCGUACAACAGGCAGCCGUUGCUGAGGCACAAGCGGCCGCCGCCGCUGUGAACGCUACGCCCUUGGGCGAGGGGGCGUCUUCAGAGGUAGCAGGGGCGGCGGGCACCAACGUUCUAGCCCCCGCAGCUGCUGCCGCUGCUGCCGCCGCACAUGUCCCUAUUGUUGGGGGCGGCGGAGGGGACUUGCUCUCCCCUCGCGCCGCAUUCCGAAGCAAGGUCGUUUCACGGUCACACGCAGAGAUUUGGUGCGAACCUGGAGGCAAGUUCUACAUCAGAGACACGGCGAGUUCCUCGGGCACGUUCCUGAACCAUAUCCGUUUGUCGAGCCCCAACGUCCAGAGUAGACCGCAGCUGCUCAAGGACGGUGAUGUGCUUCAGCUGGGCGUCGACUAUCAGGGUGGCGCCGAGGAGAUGUACCGCUGCGUCAAAAUGCGCGUCGAGGUCGGCCGCGAGUGGCAACAGCGUGGCGCAUCGGAGUUUAACAAGAAGGCGAUCAAACAGCUCACUGCAUUGCGGGGCGAGACCGAGAAGCAAGGCUCGACCAGUCAGGCGGGCCCCUCAGUCGUGCCCAAGGGCCGCGCUGUGACCGACUGCUGUAUUUGCCUCUUCUCUGUUGCACCAGCGCAGAGCCUUUUCAUUGCUCCAUGUUCGCACGUGUACCAUUACAAGUGCAUUCGCCCGCUUCUGAUGCAACACCACCCCGGCUUUUCAUGUCCCCUUUGUCGCACGUACGCGAAUUUGGACGAGGACGUUGAGAUCGAGGAUGCGUGGGAUGCCGCGAGCAGGCGACACUCUGUGCGCUCGCGUCGCAACUCGACCAGCUCGCAGCGCCCCGAGCCCGUGGAGGAAGGUGAUGUUCUCAGCGAACUGAGCAUUAACGGUGUCCUCGCCUCCGCCGAGAGCGAUGACCCGAUUGACGCAUCCUCCUCGCACGCCAGCAUGGACGGCACUCCCGCGAUGAGCGGGACUGGCACGCCUGCGGAGGUGGACGAGCACACACCGUCGCGCGCCACGGCGACGCCCAUGGCGAUUGGGGAGCGCCCCACCCUCAGCCGACAGGACACGAGCGUGAGCGCGAGCCUGGCGCAGACCCCGAUGAACGACAUUUUCCUGUCGACCCUCGUCCUGAGCCCGAACACGCCGACGUCGUCACAAACACACACGCAUGAGACGCCGGGUGGAAGCAUUGCCGACGCGUCGCUCCGCGUCACCCCCGAGAUCCCAGAGGAGCCCGCAGCGGAGGAGCGCUCCGCGCGCACCUCAGCCGAUGCGCGCCGCACCGCAGAGAUCAACUGA